GCAGUUCGCACGAGUUGGAAGCGAAGCCUUUCAAAAUGGCAGAUGAUUUGGACUUCGAGACAGGAGAUGCAGGGGCCUCAGCCACUUUCCCAAUGCAGUGCUCAGCAUUGCGGAAGAAUGGCUUUGUGGUACUCAAAGGCAGGCCAUGUAAGAUCGUCGAAAUGUCUACUUUCAAGACUGGCAAGCAUGGCCACGCCAAGGUUCACCUGGCGGGUAUUGACAUCUUUACUGGGAAUAAAGACGAAGAUAUCUGCCCCUCGACUCAUAAUAUGGAUGUUCCCAACAUCAAAAGGAAUGACUUCCAGCUGAUUGGCGUUCAGGAUGGAUACCUAUCCCUGCUCCAGGACAGUGGAGAGGUUCGGGAGGACCUUCGUCUGCCUGAGGGUGACCUCGGCAAGGAGAUUGAGCAGAAGUAUGACUGUGGAGAAGAGAUCCUGGUGAUGCCACUGAGUGCACUAACUCAGAGCAAGUUCCUCAAGGCUCACCGAAUGGGGAAAAUGCAUACAACAUAUGCUCCUUCAAAUCAGGAAUUAAGAAUUUUCUUAUAG